AUGCCGGCCGCUCAGUGCUUGUGGAUGACUGGCUGGCCGACGCGCUCUUGGUUUUGUGGUAAGAGCGGGCUCAGAGGGGCGCAGCGCUACGCGGAAGUCUCAGCGACUUCACGCAGGCGCUCACUGCAGAGCACAGGAGCCUGCAACUCCUGCGCAACUCCUGCGUGUCGGCUCAAGCUGGCACUGUUAAAUCUGCAGUCAAAACAAGCUGAAAUGCUAUCCCUUUCCACACUGAGGAAGAUGCAGAAAGGGAGGGGGGGAAAAGACAAAGUGCAAAUGAAAGCCACAACCAACUUCAGCUACUCUAGAAACGACAGCAACUGCACCAGCGAUAAUAAAAUCAGUCAAGUCAUUUUUCCUUUGCUUUACACAAUUCUGUUUGUGGUGGGCAUCACCAUGAACGGCCUGGCAAUGUGGGUCUUUUUUAAAAUAUCCAGUAAAUCCAAUUUCAUCAUCUUCCUCAAGAACACUGUCAUUUCUGACUUCCUCAUGAUUUUGACUUUUCCAUUUAAAAUCCUUAGCGAUGCAAAGUUGGUAUCGUGGGUGUUGAGAGGGUUUGUUUGCCAGGUCACCCAGGUUGUAUUUUACUUCACCAUGUACAUUAGCAUUUUGUUUCUUGGUCUAAUAACUAUCGAUCGCUAUCAGAAAGCCACUUCGCCGUUCAGAACAUCAACACCAAGGAGUCUUUUAGGUGCCAAGAUCCUGUCCACAGCAAUUUGGAUAUCAAUGUUUGCUCUUUCAUUACCCAACAUGAUUCUAACGAACAAGAAGAAAACACCUAAGAACGUAAAAAAGUGUGCUCUCUUGAAAUCCGAGUUUGGCUUAGUCUGGCAUGAAAUCGUAAACUAUAUUUGUCAACUUAUCUUCUGGGUUAAUUUAGCAGUCAUAGUUGUAUGCUACAUACUCAUAAGUAAAGAACUGUACAAAUCCUAUAAAAGAACAAGAUGCACAGGAAAGGCAUCCAAAAAGACGGUAAAUCUGAAGGUUUUCAUCAUUAUCGCAGUGUUCUUUAUUUGUUUCGUGCCGUUCCACUUUACUAGAAUACCCUACACGUUGAGCCAAACAAGAGACGUUUUUGAAUGCUUUGCUCAGAACACCUUGUUUUACUUGAAAGAGAGCACGCUGUGGCUGACAUCGCUAAAUGCUUGCCUAGAUCCAUUCAUAUAUUUUUUCCUUUGCAAAUCAUUUAGAAAGUCCUUGCUAGACAUGCUGUGCGAGCACACAGCAUCAUCAGAACUCAGAGCACGAAUAAAGGAGCAGAACGAAGGAGAUGACACAGAUGAGACGCCACUCUAG